AUGUCUACCAAUGAACCUCCCCAAAAGCAGCAGAAGUGGUCCUCUGCUCGCAGCGCGGUAUCCGGUAAGACCAGCUCUACCAAUCUUCAGUCGCUCGUAGAUGCAAAGGGGGUUUGGAUUGGCCAGAUCCUUCCUUGUCUGGGAAUGGGACAGUUUGCCUUUGUGGGCAGUGUCAACAAGCAGUGGAAACGGCUCUAUCAAGAAUACUGUAAGACUGUCGAAAAUCCUCCUCUCGUCUUGAAGGGAGAAUAUCGUUUCGAUGGGACACACCCAGCAACUUGCAAAGAUACAUAUUACUCUGCAGCAUUCUACAAUGUGUCAUGUGCAGAAUACUGGUACGACUAUAAUUGCUCAACAAAGAAGUCACCAAACCACGGGGAUGUGUUCAAAGUGAUUGCCAAAGUUGGUUCGUUGACAGUCAUUCGAUGGGCACAUGGAAAAGGAUACCCAUUGAGCAUUUUUGCAUGUGUAAAUGCUGCCAAUGGUGGACACCUGCAUGUAUUGAAAUGGCUAAGGGAGAAAGGGUGUCCUUGGAAUACACGGGCAUGUGCCAAUGCCGCCAAAGGUGGCCAUUUGGAGCUCCUAAAAUGGGCGCAUGAAAAUGGCUGUCCAUGGGAUAGCAACACAUGUGAGGUUGCAGCAAGAGGUGGACAUUUGAAUAUCCUAAAAUAUGCUCAUGAGAAUGGUUGUCAAUGGAAUGAAGACACAUGCUACGGUGCUGCAGAAAGUGGGCAUUUGGACUGUCUCAGGUAUGCCCAUGAAAAUGGAUGCCCCUGGGAUGAAUCAACAUGCAGCCCAGCCAUUGCUCAUGAGAAUGGUUGUCAAUGGGAUGAAGACACAUGCUACGGUGCUGCAGAAAAUGGGCAUUUGGAUGUGCUCCAGUAUGCACAUGAAAAUGGCUGCCCAUGGGGCGAAUUGACGUGUGAGUAUGCUGCUCUAAGAGGUCAUUUGGAUGUUUUGAGAUAUGCUCAUGAGAAUGGUUGUCAAUGGGAUGCCUGGACAUGUGCCAGGGCUGCAAAAAGUGGGCAUUUUGCUGUCCUCAAAUGGGCCCAUCAAAAUGGCUGCCCAUGGAAUGAAAUGACAUGUUGUGGUGCUGCUGAGAAUGGCCACCUAGAAAUCCUGAAGUAUGCCCGAGCAGGUGGCUGUCCUUGGGAUUAUCAUACUGUCAGUGGUGCACGCACUGGGCGGCACUGGGAAGUCUUGAAGUGGGUGAUAGAGAAUGGCUGCCCGGAAUGA